CUCCGUAGGUACGAGCUCAUCAAGCCCAUCGGCAAGGGCAAGUUCGCCGUCGUCUACCGCGCGCGGCGCAUCGCCGACGACGAGCUCGUGGCGCUGAAAAAGAUCGCCGUCGACAGCAUGGACCACCGCGCGCGGGAAAAGUGCCUGAAGGAGGUGCGGCUGCUCCAGUCGCUGCACCACCCGAACAUCAUCCGCUACCUCGACAGCCUCAUCGAGGGCGACGAGCUCGUCAUCGUCUUCGAGUGGGCCGCCGCGGGCGACCUGAAGCGGCAGAUCCGCAAGGCCGUCGAGCGGAAGCAGGGCUUCGAGGAGCGCGUCAUCUGGAAGUACUUCAGCCAGAUCUGCGACGCGCUGGCCCACAUGCACGAGCAGCGCAUCCUCCACCGCGACCUCAAGCCCGCGAACGUCUUCCUCACGCUCAACGGCACCGUCAAGGUCGGCGACCUCGGCCUCGGCCGCAUGAUGAGCGAGCACACCUUCGAGGCCCACAGCAAGGUCGGCACGCCCCUCUACAUGUCGCCGGAGGUGCUCCGGGGCGACGGCUACGACUGGAAGUCCGACGUCUGGAGCCUGGGCUGCGUGCUCUACGAGCUCGCGAUGCUCCGGUCCCCCUUCAAGGCCGAGGGCCUGAACCUCUACUCCCUCUUCCAGAAGAUCUCCAAGGCGGACUACGAGCCCCUGCCGGACACGUACAGCGCGCCCCUCCGGGACCUCGCGACGGCCAUGCUCUCCGUGGACCCCGCGGAGCGGCCCGACGUCGCCUACGUCUGCGACGUGGCGACGCGCAUGCGCAAGGAGACCAUGUCCGCG